AGCUGGCUAGCAGGUACUCUCGAGUUUCUGGUCUCAUUUCCCACUGAAGCAGUGCCUGACUAGUCUGUCAGUUUGAUUUUGAUAAUUCUCUCAACCCGUUGCUAGGUCACCAAGACGAAACUUUGACAAGUGUUGUUAUUGGUUAAUCAAACCGGCGAGGUUAGUGAGCUUAACAUUGUGCUUUGUCUCUCAGGAGCAAGGGUAUAUAUUCUAUAAACGUCUUACCCGAAGAAGAAUUAGAAACGUAUCUUAGACAACAUUCUUGUAUUAUUACCAUACGACUUUUUUUAGCAGAUUGUGAGAGCGAAGUUUCGAACCGUGGCUGAUGAAGGUUCCAGAAGCAGGGUCGUCUUUUGUGUAAGACCUAAGGUGGCAUCAGAAUGUAUUUCUUCAAAACCUCUUGCACGUAAUUCAAGAUUGAUUGGAUAUUAUCUUCAUUAUAGAAUUAAUCUAAGACCUACUGUUUCAGCUCGUUCUACUGCUAAUAACAACGUCACUACGAUCAGGCGGCUGUCUCAUUCUGUUGUUGGUAACAACGUCAUCACGAUCCAGGCGGUUGUCUCAUUCUGUUGCUGGUUAAAACGUCACCACGAUCAAGCAGCUGUCUUAUUCUGCUAUUGGUAACAACCACAAUCAAAGGCUUAUAGACAGGUCUGAUAACCAAACAAGGACCAGAAUCCGCCUAAUGGAGACAAAUCAUUCUAUGUAUUGGUUAAAACAAUCAUCACGAAGAGUGCCUGUUUCCUUUCUGUGUCCUGUUGCUGCUGUCUACAGACUGUAAAGAUGUUCACCAUCUUGCUUUGGACUGUUCUUUGCGUCGUUCACGGUGGACACUCGGACAGAAUUGGAAAAAAAGCUCAUGAACAAGUACUGCUCACACCUGGACAAAUAUUGACAGGAAAUAUUUCAAAUUUUCAUUGUGAAGAACUAUAUGCACUUAUGAAUAAGAACGUUUCCGAAGCUACUGAAGAAUCUAUCCAGAUUUCACUAAGUCAUCCCUUUCUGGACAUUAGUCAGGGUCUUGUUGCCGGAGUCGUCUAUGAUGUCCAACUGACGUCAUCGGAGAAUGCUGAACUACCGUUAGUGGUAACAUCGUUUCCACCAGGAAACUUUACAGCCUACCCCUCUUCGGCCGUGCCUUGCAUACAACCAAACAGAUCGUUACCUUCAAUAGUGCUCUUAACUCUCAAGACAAAGCUUAAUCUCAAAUGGCUCCUGCCACUAAACACUUCAGAAGACAUCAUACGCCUAAAGAUUGUUCAUCAUGAGCUUGGUGAUCAUUGGAUGUUAUCAAGAAGCUGGCGGUCUCGGAGGAGUGAAUGUUUUAAGCGUAUACCAUCACAGAAACAGAGCUUAACAUCCGAAGAUCUGAGUUCUCACAUUCGCAACUGUACUGUUUAUAAGGUCUUCAUUGAUCCUUACCCAUCAUCUAGAGCCUCCUUCCAGCUUUUAAAUCUAACCUCUCCAGCGACACAUAGUGACUGGCUUCGUCUAACUGUUGAAGGCGAGAAUUCAUCUGAACACAUAGUCAGCGCCACCAACCGUUACAAAAACGAACCUUUCUUUGUUGCCAUUGGUUGCUAUUUUCUUUUGACGGUGUACAUGUGCGAGGAUUGCCGAUUUUGGGCUGUGUUUUCUCCAUUAGACAAUGCUGAAAAUUGCAACGUUUCUGUGGAUGCUCUUCAAGGAAUCCUAACAAGUCCAAACUUUCCCGAAAAAUAUUUACCAGGAAAAGACUACUUCUACCAUAUCAAAGCGCCACCUGGAUACAAAAUUUUUCUUACGGUCGUAGAGAUUGACCUGUAUUCUACAAAUGCGCAAAGACAAUGUGCUCAAGAUUAUGUUCGUGUUUUUCCUUUGGAACAAAAGAAAGAAGUGUUCCUGUGCGGAAAUUCCAGUAACUUAAGUAUGAAUAAACUUCUUGAGUCUCAACAUGAGACGCUAAAUGUGCAUUUUCGCACCAAAGGAAUGACUCAAGGAAAAGGAUUUCUUUUGAAGUUCCGUUCUUCGAAACAAUGUCGAAAUGUGACAAUAACACAACAGAAUGGCACUAUUUGUAGCCAAGACUAUCCUUAUGCCUUCGUAAGUAAGCAAAGUUGCCUUUAUGCUUUUUAUGUGCCUUUUGGAUACGAAAUAGACUUAGAGUUUAGCUUCCUCGAAACAUCGUCGUCCACUGUAAAGUCAGAACAAGGCUGUCUGGAAGAGUUUAUUGAAAUUUCAAGUUUAGACAGAGUAGUAAGGUUAUGUGGAAGACAAGAUGAGCAAGUGACUCAAGACUUGCGCUUUCGCUCAGGCAGUUACAACAUGAACAUAACAGUUAACCUAAAUGCUAUUACAACCUCAGUUAAUGAAGCUAGAGGGUUUUGUGUCAAUUUCCAUGCAAUUCCUUUGACUCAAAACAACACAUUUUGUGAAUAUCCAUGGACUGUAAAAGGAAGUUAUUGUUAUCAACUUCUUGAUCAGUACAUGAAUUGGCAAUCAGCAAAGAAUCGUUGUAUAAGCUUGGGAGGCCAUCUGGCGACGAUCUCUACAGACGAUAUUCAGUCUUUUUUAGAGACUUUGAUUAAAACCAGUUCGUUAUACGGCCAUGCUCAUGCAUUUUGGAUCGGAGCCAGUGAUAUAGAACAUGAAAACUGCUACACCUGGGAAGAUGGACUAAUUUUUAGACACUCUAACUGGUUUCCUGGCUGGUCACAACAUAAUAACUACAACUCUCAGCCUAGUGAUGAUGGCUUGUCAUCACAAGAUUGUGUGGAAAUGAGAGACCUCUACCGGUAUCCAAGUAAAGGAGAGGGACAGACGGACAACUUCUACUGGAACGAUCGAAACUGUGAAGUCAAAAAUCCAUUCAUAUGUCAACGACCCAAGCCAGGAGUUCACAUUGAAACCUUCAAUACAGAAGACUGCAAUGAGACCUUCUUUCUUGAUGCUAACCACCCUCAUGACAUCAUCAGCAGCCCUGGAUACCCAGAAUACUACCCAGAUCUGAUAGAGUGCUACUACGAGAUUCGUGCACCUAAUCCCAAGAAGAUAAAUUUGGAAUUUACUGAUUUUUUACUGGAAGAUCAUGAGAGUUGUAACUAUGAUUACCUGGAAAUCCAAGAUGGCGAUAACGCUCAAGCUGCGUCACGACAUUGUGGAGACUAUAGACAGAAGCUGAAGCUACUACGUCACCUGAGUUCUACCAAUCAACUGAAGUUAAAAUUCCUUUCUGAUUUCUCUUACUCAAACAGAGGAUUUCGAGCCGAGGUUCGUCUUUGGAAUGAUAACGUGUCUCCCUCAGCACAGUGCGACAGCAAGAUAUUUCACCUAUUCGGAAAUCAGUGUUAUCUACUAGCUUCGUACCCAGAAGUUAGCUGGCACACCGCGCGUCAGAUCUGUGCUGAGUCCGAAGCGAGGCUAGCCACCAUUUAUACUCUCGAAGAAAAACGUUUUGUGAAUUAUCUCAUUCAAUCCACUGAGGCUUUUAGGUCGGGAUUGUUGUACUGGGUAGGCGGAGUCAAAGAAAUUGGAACCAAAACGUGGCACUGGGUUGAUGGACAGCAUAUUAACCAAUCAGAGCUAACCGAACACAAUCGGUCAGAAACGAGUACCGAGUGUCUGGCACUUCAGUGGCUACACAGGGAUGACGUGGGCGACCUCUACUUGGUCCCAAGCAAAUGUCACCAGCCUGGAAGGUAUAUUUGUAAGAAGAACGCUGUAGUUCUUCCUGAAAGCCUUAACAAAACAUUCGGAGGAACAAAUGGAACCAUAGUUUCGGUAAACUUCCCCAAUCAUUACGUCAACAAUCUUCACUACACAGUCAUCAUUAAAGGUGGGCCCUUGACCCGUAUUUACCUACAAUUUGAACAUCUGGACAUAGAGAAGCAAGACCAGUGUAUGUACGACUAUAUUUCUCUACAGAGUGACCUUGAUGGACCUGAAACUCGAUUUUGUGGACAACAUCAAAACGAUCUAAAUAGGUUUUUUUUCUACUCGGACAAUAACACAGCGUACCUUACAUUUCAUUCUGAUUUCUCCAUCACGAGCACUGGGUUUCAGGCUACCUGGAAAGCGAUUGACGUUAGUGUUUGUGUAAAAGUACAGCAGAUAAGCGUCACACACAAAACAACCUACACUAGUCUUAACUACCCUGAAGGUUACCUACCGAAUCUUCAUUGUGUUGCUAAGUUUCGGACUCCAGAAAGUGCAAUUAUUUUGACAUUUUACGACUUUGAUGUCGGUCUUUCACAAGCAGAUGGUCGCUGCAGGAAAGAUUAUUUGAAAGUUACCUUGGAAUCAGGGCGAUUGCGGAGGUCUUUAAAUCUGUGUGGAAACAGCAGCCUCGUCCCUCCAGGCUAUCAGGUCUUAUCGUAUGAUAACAGCUUAACAGUGGAGCUAUUCACCAACAAACAUGGAGGAAGAGGGUUUAACGUCACCCUCGAGACUUUACUCCUAUCAGGGAAUGGCCGCCAGGUGAAGACAAUGUUAAACAUCAGUAGCAACUGGAACGGAAUUUUACGAAGUAUGAACUACCCACACAGUCCACCAGAGAGCAUUAACUACACGCAACAGAUAGUGACCGUCUUAGGCACCUAUUUAAUUCUUUACUUUCCCAAAGCCUUUUGGAGCGAAGGAGGUUGUGACAGUAAUUUCCUUGUUGUGCGUGACAUAUAUAAAGAACGUGACUCUGUAAGGACGCUUUGCUUUGAAAGCAACGAUCUGGAGACAUCCAGUGAAUUUCAGUUCCAGUCAGUUUUUAAUUCCAUUCACCUGGACUUUUGGACGACCAACAAUGCUACACGGUGGAGACCGUUUACUAUUGAUUACAAAGUUAUAUUAGAUUCAUACAUCCUUAACAAAUCUCUAAGACUGAAUUCUUCACGUUCAUUAGAUGGGUGUUUCUGUGAAAAUGGCGGAUCAUGUGUAGAAGUACUUGAAGGACGGUUUAAAUGCCAAUGUACUGGUCACUUUACCGGUUUAUUUUGCCACCUUCCCUGGUGUAGCCUGAACCCUUGUAGAAAUUAUGGAACAUGUAGUGCUACUAAUGAUGGUUACAAAUGUAGCUGUACCGAAGAGUUUACGGGUGACCACUGUGAUCAGGCUGUGACUCCCUGUAAUCCCAACCCUUGUGGUAAACAUGGUGAUUGUUCGGUCGUAAAUAACACAUUCUUCUGUCGCUGUCACGUCUGGUAUGAAGGGCCUCGAUGUUCUCGAUACGUUUUUCGGAUUAUUUACAAACCAUUAAGUAAAAGAAUGCUGGAGGAGCCCUUUUGGUUAGGCUUAAUCACCGUUAGUGCUGUUUUGUUCGUCAUUCUGCUGGUUUACUGCAUCAAGCGGAAAUUUGCCGACAAGAUUGAAAAGUUCUUUGUUGAAGAAAUAGAAAGAAGUAAAAAUUAUCCAUCCCCCGUAGGGACACGCUACAGCUUAAGCUCUAACCAAGCAAGUCUCACUCCAGUUGCAACAAGUCCUCAGCCUUGUUCAAAGUCUUUUCUGAAUAGAAUUCGUAAACACAGCAUUCGUAGUGUUAGAAAUAACCACCACAGUCCUUCGGACAAAGAUCAGGCUCGAACGUUUAGUUUUGACGAUAUCCUAAAACGUAGCUUUUCCUCCAGAAAACAAAGCUACAAAGCUAGUGAAUCGGAAAAAAACGAAGUCGAAACAUCACGUAUCAUAGCAUCUUUGGUGCACUCCAACCAGUCAUCUAAAAACAGAAGGAUGAGUUUAGAUGAUUUUAUUAAAAUGAAUGGGAAAAAAAUCCGACUGAAUACCACAAAGGAUGAAAAUCAGGGUUAUAUGUCUGACAUGUCGACUAAAAGUGAAGAUGUUGCCGAGACAUCAUUUAUUGGAAAGCUCUCACCUCGAUUCCCACAUUACUCGGCGCCAUCAUUUACUGAAUUCCAUUCCAUCAAAGAACAGUCUUUCGAACAAGCCUCGUCCUCAGAUAGCCUAAGUUGUGACGUCAAGAUGGGCGAGACAAAAGUAGAAAUAUCUCUUUCACCUCAACAAGCAUCUGGACAGUCUGAUUGUGAGAGUAUUGAAGAUAAGCCAACUCGAGAAGUUCCCAGUAUUCCUGUGCCACAAGUCGACAGUUUCUCUGAGCCACAAAAACCAGUAAAGGAUAACGAUAUUUGUAAGACACAAACGAUAACGAAUGACGAAAUACCUUAUCAAAUCAAUCCAUCAACAGAGAAUACAGAACUUUCUAAUAACACACCAGUAAUUCCAAACGUAUUGCUGGAGGUGUCAAGUCCCGUUGACGCUAAUCCAUUACCAAUAGAUGACGCAGCAACCGAAGCGGACGAUAUCUCUGAAAUUAACCUUCCCACACCGCCAAGUACAGCGUCUCCAAAACAAGAGUUAUUAGAAUUUCCUAUUCCAGAAAAACACUCAUUUGAACUGUCUACUCCAAAAAUUCUGAUCACGGCUAACUUGAGCUCUUGUGAUUCUGAAGAAACUAGUCCUCCUCAAACUCCAAACACAAAGCCUCCUUUAAUGAAUUACCUUAGUCCUUUGACUGCUAUGUGCCCUUCUUCUGACAGAACCAUCUCCGAAUCCAACCUGAGCACUUCUGGUUAUUCCUCUUUGUCGAGUCCCGGUAUGUCCAGGUGUAAUUCCAGCAGCCCCUUAGCGGAAGAAUUGGAAGUUAGUACAAAAAAAUUGUAUCUACCUCAAAAAGCUUCCCACUUACUUUCGCCUAGCCUGUUGGCAACCAAAUGCGAAAAUGCAUUUCAGUUUCCUCCCCAGCAGAUCUACUCAUGUCUUCAAGUUCCACAUCAACGAGACCCCUCGUGGUUUCCAGAGCGAAGAGCAUCUGUUGGUGGUGCAUUGUUUCCUCCGCCGAAAGAUAUAGGUCACUUUCUGGGUAGAAAGUUAAGUAAACGUAUUUCUUACCAGACAACCAGUACUGAAGACUCUAUAGAUGAUGAAGGAAUUGUAUUAGACACUAUAGAUGUUAAAAUUAAACAAGGAGAAGUGACAAGUGCCAAAGAACUUGAGAAAUUUGUGGCUUUUGAAAAAUAUCAGAAAAUGGAACGAGAUAACGCUUCAAAUAAGCAGAACCGUAAGCCUUCUCCUCUGAGUCUGCAGAUUCCAGAUAUCUCAACUCCAUGCUCAACAGAGAAACAUCGUUUUGGAGGAAGAAAUAGUCCUAAGCCAAAAAAAGGUGACAGGUCAAGAAAACUUUCUGACCGUGGUCGGUCAAGUGCUUGCAGCUCCCCUAGUGUCACGCCCGUGAAUGAAAGACUUCCGGAAUGUCAAGAAGGUAAACUACCACGAAAUUUAUCGAAAACCAGCAUGGGCAGUCAAGCAAUGUCUUCGUCAGAUGACGAUUUAGACUCUCAUGGACCAAGACACAAGUCGCCACGAAGACCGUAUAAAAGGCACGAGACCCAAUCUAGUCCGAGCUUAAGACACCAUAAAGCGACCAGCCCGACAAGUCCACGGUCGAAGAGCUUGACACAAGACCCUUCACACGAGUUCGGGGACAAAUCCUCUCGAAAAAGUAAUCGAACUGCAUUUUCUUCCUCUUCAGAAUCUAUACUCUCUACUGCCGAUGAUAAUUUUACAACAGAUUAUUCGACUGAUGGAGAAAAGCUACGGCAAAAGCUUGGAUUAUCCAGUGUUGUAUUACAGACGCCAGAAAAAGUCCGUGAAAAAUUCCUUAUUGUGCGAGAAGAUAUUACAACAAGAGGUCCCGUCACUUCUGAGUCACAAGGGUUAGUUUCCUCUCCCACCAGAAGUAGGGCAAGACAACAAAGCUGGGCUCUUCAGAGACAGCGCUCACAGCCCGAACAGAGUAGGAGAAGAAGAGAGCUUGUGUCGUUAGAUUCCAUUGAAAGCUCCAUUCCAAGUGACAGUGACGACGAACUCAAACCAGAGAAGUUGACACAGCCAGUGUCGCCAAUUCCUACUAAGGGAAAUCAAACCGUUCAUGCGGCUUUAAGACGCCAGGAAGCGCUUAUUGAAGAUGAUGGCAGCGAAGAUUCCAUCAGCGAGACGACUGUGUUGCUUAAGAAACCACUAUCCCCUAGUGCUGUGUUGGUUAACACCAUGAAGGAUGCUACCAUCUUGAUAGACCCAAACACGGAGUCCUUCCAGAAUAGUUUCGGUAGUAGAACGGAUCAUUUAAUCGUUCCUCAAGAGAAUGAUUCUCGUCAAGGUCAAGUGUGAAAGUAGUUAAAUAAGGAUGAAAAAGACAAACAAAGCAAAUGCGUAUAUAAACCAAUCAGGGAUAUCAAUCAUUGUGUAAGUCAAAGACUGGAACAAUGUCGUCGAACCACAGAAAAAUAAAAAUACUUGAGCAGUUAUUGCAGAAUGAACCCAUAAUAUAUUCUGUCAGAGAAAAAGUUCUUCAAAUCGGCUCAAACUUUGUAUUUAGAACCAACACUGAUUUGAACCUAUUAUAUAUUACCAACCAAUCUAAACUUGUAAUAAAUACAUUCAUUGAUCUGAAUAACUUAAACUUGCGGACUUAUCAGAAGUUAGGAAUGUCAUUUAAGUCAAGUGGAAGUCUGAACUCAUAACAUAAGUAAAUUAGUCAGAUCUCAGCUUUUAAUAUCUACAGAAUUAUCUGCUCUGAGUUUUAACAUGUACAAACUAUUAGGAUCUGAACUUUUAACACGUGAAAACAAUCUGAACCAGAGUCUUUACACCCAGAAAUUAUCCAGAUCUGAGCUUACUGUAUCAGGAAAUUAUCCAGGUCUGAGAUGUUAACAUGUGGAAACUAUUAGUAUAAGAACUUUCAAUCAUGCGUAAACGGUCGGGAUCUGAGCCUUGAACGUUUAGAUUCUAUUUGGAUUUUAAUCGGUAUGUUAACUUAUUUAAUUAAUAUCCCGGUGGCUCAGUGGUAAGUCUGCGGGCUUAUAACGCUAAAUAUUCUAUUUCGAUACCAGCAAUUGACAGAGCACAGACAGCCCAUUGUGCAAAUUUGUGCUUAACAACAAAUAAAAUUAUUCAAAUAACUGUAAUUGAGACUUUAUCGUUUCAUAUACAAACAUGUCAUGUUUUGUUUGGGGGGGGGUGAAAAUGGUACUUUUGAAAACUUGACAAUAUUUUCAUCAUGAAAAAAAACAACCGUGUAAAACUUUACCUCAAAUUAGACUUUCUUACGGAACCGAAGAGAAAUAGGAAGAUUCUUAUGAAUACACAGAUGAAAAAGUCUUAAAGAUGCUCAAAUGAAAUAAAUUUCUAUGAGAAGUAGGGAACAUCGGUAUAUAAUUUUGUCACAUCUAGUGUUUAUAAGAUGAAUGUAGUAAAAUGUUAGGUAAAAACAUUACCAACGAAUUGUGUUUUACUUCAUAUAACUAAACUUAUGUCUGGAAGUUUCAAAAAUCUGCAUAAGUCAAUGUAUUUAUUUUAUGCCUUUUUUUAAAUGCAAGCAAGCUACAGCACGACUCCCGACUAUUGUGUUGUUGAAAAUCUUCAUGUUUCAAAUGUAUAGUAUGUAUUGUCUGAGUCAUUUCUUUGAAUUAUUUAUAACGUAAAACUUAAUAUUAAAUAUUGGUGAUUUUUUUUGUUGUUUCAAUAAUUUAGAAUCU